AUGGAGCAAGGCAAAAAGUUGGCCCUUAUCGUGGGUUGCAACUAUCCCAACACUUCAAACGAGCUUCACGGUUGCCAUAAUGACGCGUUAGCCAUGCGUGACUUGCUCAUAGCCCGAUUCGGAUUCAGUUCGGAAAACGUUGGGCUUAUGAUGGACAAGCCCGGAAGCCCAAUAAUGCCAACCGGAGCUAACAUCAAGACCGCACUAAACAAAAUGGUCGAUCGGGCCGAAAAAGGAGAUGUCUUGUUCUUUCAUUACUCUGGCCACGGGACUCUUAUCAAGCGUCACGGUUUAUCCAAGAGAGAGGAAGCUAUUGUACCUUGCGAUUUCAAUCUCAUCACCAGUGUGGACUUCAGGGAGCUCGUUAACCGUGUCCCGAGUGGAGCAACGUUCACGAUCCUCUCCGACUCGUGCCACAGCGGAGGACUUAUCGACAAAGAAAAGGAACAAAUGGGCCCUCGUACGGCCCGUGUAGAUACCCCACCAAGUGGGCCCCACCACAAGCCCAAGGCUAUCCCUCUCCAGUCGAUACUUGAGUAUUUUACCUCACUAACGAGCAAAACCAGCACAGAGAUAGGCGAACACAUGGCGGAGGUUUUUGGGCCGGACGCCAGCCUCAUGUUCCGGCCCGGCCCGGUCGACAGGCCGCUGAAGGAUGACGAGGGGAUACUGCUGAGCGGGUGCCAGGCGGACGAGACCUCUGCUGACGUGGAAUUCUCGGGGAGCGCGUGUGGUGCCUUCAGCAAUGCCGUUCAGACGGUGGUGAGGGAGAAUCCGAAGCGGGAUUUGAGUAAUCGGGAAAUUGUGGCCAUGGCUCGAAAGGUUCUUUCUUUUCAGCACUUUGAGAACCAGCAUCCGUGUCUGUACUGCAGUGACGAAAAUGCCGAUGCGGUUUUCUUGGGAGGGCAAAAGGCGACAAGCUGA